AUGUCCCCUAGACCAUCUCGUUCAUGCAGACAGGGUGAUGCUCCAGAGCCAUCAUACACUGUCCAGGCGGACAAUACCACGGUAGAUUUAGGUUCACGGGCCGCACUUGACUGUUACCAGCAGCUUCUCGACCGCGAGAUUAUGCCACAAGAUUGGGCCCCUAGCCGCACACCAAUGCGGGAACUCCAUAUUUAUGAUGGUGUUCACACUCUUUUCGCCAAUAUUGGCUGGGAGCGCCUAUUAUCUCCGGAUUUUGCCACUUGUCCCGUACUAACCCGAGAGUUUUUUGCCACACUUAGUGAGAUAAAUCAUGAGGGAAACCUAGAUUUUUGCAUUUUUAGCACCCCUCAUACUAUUCAUGUGGACCAGUUAUGUACUAUUUUCCAUACCCCCAUCACCAGUUUAUUCCAGCCCACCCCCGUUUUUUACGUACACGAGUUUUGUUACUCCAUCACUGGUUUGCCAUCUUAUGAUUCAGCCUCAUCCGUACAGACUAGUAUCGUGCACCAUGAUCUUAAAAUUGCAUUGAAAAUUAUAUGCAAUAUCAUUUAUUCACAGCUUGAGACUACAAAAGCCGACAAAGUCGAGCUUUUUCCUUUGUGGUACAUGAUCACCGGGUCAUACCGUCCACAUUUUGGUGAUAUUAUCAUCAGACGGUUCCAUAGAGUUAUAGCCCUUCGCACCGGCGGUGCAAUUCGCUAUGGUGGUUUGAUUUUUGUCAUUUCCCGCUCCCUCACACCACAAUUUCCACCGGGGGUACACCUUCUUUACAAGUGA